AUGAGCAGGGAGGCAUUGGCAGCUAAGGAUGUCGCGGAGGCAGUCCCCGAGCUCGGCAUGGUGGACGACGUGGUGCGUGCUUUCUCCGAGCACAUCAGCCGCAGCAGCGUGGAUUACACCAAGUUUCAGAAUCUGCAGUGCGUCUACUGCCAGACGAAUCUGGAGGCGCAGGGCAUACACGACGUGCGCUGGCUCUCCCGUGGCGAGGCGAUCCAGCGGUUCCUUGACGUUCUGCCUGCAGCCAUCGUCGUGCUGAAGGAUUACAAGAAAGACUUGUACGAGACGUGGAUGCGCCUGAAGAUGCGCUACAUCGACAGGUCCCCUGGUCACUUCUUUGGCAGCGGAGAGAAGAUGCAGCUGCCUGACUUCAUCAAGGCUCACCAGAAGCUGGAUAAGCGUGAAAUGAAAGCGGAAGGCGUGGACGCGGAUGGCAACGCCGUCUCCUUCGAAUUCACCCUGCACGAACGCCCCCUGCCAGGCCAUGAGACUGAGGGUGAUGUAAACGCGUGCUUUGAGCUUUCGCUCAAGUUCAUCCGCAAAGUGGACGAGGAGCUAGAGUGGCGCAUGCGCGACCUCAACCUCCUGGAAGGCGCCAAGCUGUUUCGGACGGCGUCGUAUGUGUCCGAUGACACCAAGCGGCUGGAGUCCUUCAGGAAGUGGCUUGGCCAGCUCCACAAGCUGUACAACCACAAGCUGCCCGGUAAGCGUGAUUGUCUGAUGUGUCGGGUAUUUGAGAUUGACUUGCCGGCAACAACUUAG